GCGCCAUGCCCGAGGCGGUGCACCACAUCCGGCUGCAGGCCUUCGGGCGCUCGCUGCUGGCGCGGCUGGAGGGGCAGCGGCUGGGAGGCCUCUUCUGCGACGUGACGCUGCGGGCGCGGGAGGCCACCCUGCGGGCGCACCGCUGCGUGCUGGCCGCCGGCAGCCCCUUCUUCCACGACAAGCUGCUGCUGGGCCACUCGGCCAUCGAGGUGCCCGCCGCCGUGCCCGCCGCCGCCCUGCGCCGCCUGGUGCGCUUCCUCUACAGCGGCCGCCUGGCGGUGGCGCCCUCCGAGGCCCUGCAGCUGCUGACGGCGGCCUCGGUGCUGCAGAUCCGGGCGGUGAUCGAGGAGUGCACCAGGAUCCUGCUGGGGGGCGGCGGGGUGCCGGCCGCCCUGGGGGCGCCUCGGGAGGAGGUGGUGGUGGUGAUGCCGCGAGGGGCGGAGGAGCCGCCGGGGGCUUGGGGGGCGGCCAACCCCUCCUGCCACAGCCGCAAGCAGAGGCGGCCGGUGAGGCUCUGGCUGCCGGGGAAGGAGGAGGAGGAGGGAGAGGAGGAGGAGGAGGGUGGUGGUGGCGGCGGUGCCGAAGGAGGUUUCCCGGCGCCACUGUUGGCCGCUGAGGAGCCGGCGCCACGGUUUGGUGCCACCGAGGUCUUCCCUGAGGCCUUCCUCCCGCCCUGGGCUGCCGAGGACGUGGCCAAGCCUGGAGCUGAGCCUGGCCCGGGGGCACCCAGAGGGGCACCGAGCUAUGGGGGCAAGGUGGUUGCCGUCGCCACCACCGCCACCGCUGCUGCCAACACCUCAGGGGGCGCUGGGGUUGGUGGCACCGUGGGCACCGAGGCUUGGCUGGGUGCUGGUGGUGGUGGUGGCACCGUGAGCACCGAGGCUUGGCUGGAUGCUGCUGCUGGUGGUGGUGGCACCAUGGGUGCUGGGGUAGCCCAAGCUGGACCUUCAAGGUGCCCUGAAACCUCCUACCAAUGUGGGCACUGCCAGAAGACCUUCAGCUCCCGCAAGAACUACACCAAGCACCUGUUCAUCCACUCCGGGGAGAAGCCUCACCAGUGCUCCAUCUGCUGGCGCUGCUUCUCGCUGCGGGACUACCUGCUGAAGCACCUGGUGACCCACACCGGGGUCCGAGCCUUCCAGUGCACCGUCUGCAGCAAGCGCUUCACCCAGAAGAGUUCCCUCAACGUCCACAUGAGGACCCACAGGCCUGAGCGCUUCCAGUGCCACCUCUGCUCCAAGGGCUUCUCCCACCGCACCCUGCUGGAGCGCCACGCCGCCGCCGCCCACCCCUGCCCACCUCCUCCAGCUCCACCACUGCCACCACCACCUCCUCCGGCGCCACCUCCUGAGGCUGGGUUGGUGACCUGGCCUGGUGCUGAGGGGCCUGGGUCUGCUCACUCGGUCUGAAGGCAUCACAGGAGGUCCCUUUGGAGCUCCUCAGGCCUCUGAGAUGCUGAUGGGAGCCCAACAGGACCAAACUGGGACCUUGUAGCCACCGCAGAUGGCCUUUGGGUGGUGCCAUGGGAGCAUCUCAAGCCUCUGAGAUGCUGAUGGGAGCUCAACAGGACCAAACUGGGACCUUGUGGCCCCCACAGGACAUCCAUGGUGGCCUUUGGAGCUCCUCAAGCCUCUGAGAUACUGAUGAGCUCCCAAGAGGACCAAACUGGGACCUUGUGGCCCCCACAGGACAUCCAUGGUGGCCUUUGGAGCUCCUCAAACCUCUGAGAUGCUGAUGAGCUCCCAACAGGACCAAACUGAGACCCCAGGGCCACCACAGAAGGCUUGGGGCAGCCCUUGGUUGCUU